AUGUCCACGAUUCAGCAACUCAAAAAUUUCAUCCGUCAUGGCAAGCAGGCCAGGACAAACAACAACCACGACGAUUCUCAACGCAAAAACGAUCACUCACCAACAAAUGUUCCUGCGCAACAACACAAGGCAAUGGCUCAUGUAACUGAACCCAACCUGCACGUCGGCGGCGGUGGUGUUGCCGCUGCACACCAAGUACAACCCAUUCCAGAGGCCUACUCUGUCCAACCCGGUGCGGGAGAUGCCCAUAACCGUGUUGCUCAAGCAAAUGACGUUGCUGCACACCACGCGGAGCAGAGAAUUGAUGGAUCAAAGUCCAAGGACCACCACGUCGCCAAGCUUGUCGAGGAGGAGAAGGCCAGCCGUUCGAAAUUCCCAAAGUACCCUGGACUCGAGCGAUGGGAACUUACCGAGAAAAUGGGUGAUGGCGCCUUCAGCAAUGUCUAUCGCGCCCGUGACCUCACUGGCGAUGCUGGCGAAGUCGCUAUCAAGGUGGUCAGGAAAUUCGAAAUGAACAACAUGCAGGGCCAGAAGCAUUUACACCCGGACUUCAAAAAGGUGCCAAAGGCUGCAGAGCGAGCGAAUAUCCUCAAAGAGGUUCAAAUUAUGCGCCAACUUGAUCAUCCCAACAUUAUCAAGCUCAUUGAUUUCUCGGAAUCUCGGCAAUAUUACUACAUCAUUCUGGAGCUUGCACCCGGCGGCGAACUGUUCCACCAGAUUGUGCGGCUCACGUACUUCAGUGAAGAUUUGUCGCGCCAUGUCAUUACACAAGUGGCGAACGCGUUGGAAUAUCUUCACGAAGAACGAGGCGUGGUUCAUCGUGAUAUCAAGCCUGAGAAUAUUUUGUUUGAGCCGAUACCCGUGGUACCUUCCAAGGUACCGAAGCCGAAGCAACCUGGAGAUGAGGACAAGGUCGACGAGGGCGAGUUCAUUUCAGGUACCGGCGCUGGUGGAAUUGGCCGGAUAAAGAUUGCCGACUUUGGUCUUUCCAAGAUUGUGUGGGAGAAUUCUACCAUGACGCCUUGCGGAACUGUGGGAUACACGGCUCCCGAAAUUGUCAAGGAUGAGCGGUACUCAAAGUCUGUCGAUAUGUGGGCGUUGGGUUGUGUGCUAUACACAUUGCUCUGCGGUUUCCCACCGUUCUACGACGAGAGUAUUGAGGUCCUCACGGAGAAGGUUGCGAAGGGCCAGUAUACCUUCCUAUCGCCGUGGUGGGACGACAUUUCAAAGUCGGCACAAGAUUUGAUCUCACAUCUACUUACUGUCGACCCUGAGAAGAGAUAUACCAUCACCGAAUUCCUGGCCCACCCAUGGAUCCGCCAGGGCUCUGGUCCAACACCCCGUGAGGAGAAGAAGGCUCUCAAUAACGGUGACACCCUUCGCGCCUUUGAUGCUGGACGUUUGGCAGAUGGUGACAGGCGCAUGGACUUCCGUUCUCCAGGAGCUGUCAAUCUGCGUGAAAUCUUCGACGUUGGUUAUUCAGUACACCGACAGGAGGAGGAAGCCAAGCGCAGGAAACAAGUUGGUUCCAAGGGACAAGCACCAUCUCGUCUUACUGAUCUCAAUGAGUCGGAAGAGGAUGAAAAGUCAGAUCCGGAGUAUGUCCAUAAGACGGAUGCUUCGCAACUUGAACAGCGUAUGCGCGACACGAACUUGGGUAAGGCCCAAGAACGUGGACGAGAGCGCGAGCGUCCCGAGAAGGAGGCUAGAGGCUACGGACAACAUAGUGCAGCCGUGGCACAGGCCGCCCGACAGCAGGUGCGCGAUCGCAACAGGGCAAAGGGUGCAUUUGAGUUGAGUCUGGAUGGUGCAACGUUACUCGGACGCAGAGCAAACAAGCCCACUGCUAGAGCCGGUGGCGCUUAA